UAAUUUUUAAAAUAUUUUCACAAAAUUUUUAACACAAAAAUGGACAUGAAUAAAGUUACGCCUUUAAAUUAUAAAUUUCAUAGCAUAACAAAUUUAUAUAACGGAUUACCACAAACAAAUUUAAAUCUAGAAAUUUACCAAUAUGGGUCGGAUUCUGUGGAAGUGAAGCUGAUAAAUACAGACUACCCAAAACAACGAAAUGCAUUAAAGAAACAAUUUAUUUAUUUAAUUUUAUGUUUCUAUGCAUAUGCCAUGCUUUUUUUAUUAAAAUCUUAUCAUUUAGCAUUUAUUGAUACAAUAUUAAUAAUUUCUCUCAUUCCGCUCUUAUGGCGACUAAGCUCCUUAGUAGAGUAUGAAAAAUUAAUUUUUUGUUAUGAUUUUGGUAUACACUUGCAAAUACAAAAAUUCUCGGGCAAACAGAAUAAAUUUGUGGCUGCGUCCCACAUACACGAUAUAGUCAUCAAUGAAGUUUUAGAAAAUUUGGAUUUUCGUUAUUUACUUAUUUUGAGAACCAAAGGAAACCUAUUUCAUAAGAAACAAAUAAUUCCUAUAUUUAUGAUAUUUAAACCCACUUAUGAAUGCUUAAGCUUAGUUUACAAACAUCUUAAUAAAGUGAUGGUGAAAAACUAAAAUUUAUAUGAACAUUUAUCAACUAUUUAUUUAUAACAACAUUAAACCUUCUUCUACAAGACUGCAUUCUUUUAAUAAACAAUCCGCCUGUAAAGUA